CAAUUCACUUUCCUUUUUAUUGCAAUGUCCUCUCCGCUCUCCCUCUCUCCUCGGUUCUAUUACAAGACGCCCUCGCAGUAAACCCUCCUGUCUCUCUCCCUCUCGAAAUCUUAUUUGACCCAAAAUCCUCUCUCUAAAUCAAAGUACAAAUCACUAACCACCACUUCAAGAUCUGUUCACUGCAACUCUUGAUUUCACACAUCAAAGAUCUGGGUUGUUUCUGAUAGAACAGCGUUUUGGGACUGAAGUAAGCAGACCCUUUUCAAGUUCUUAGGUUCUGAAGUAUUUAUGCUUGUGUUUUUUGGGAUCCGGGAUUGGUAAAGUCUGGAACUUUUUGGGUUUUUUGUGAACUGUUAUUUAUGGAAAUGUCAAUUGCACCACCAAAGGAAGAGUCCAUUCAAAUUAGAGAGGUCUGGAAUGAUAAUCUUGAAGAGGAGUUUGCGUUGAUUCGUGAAAUUGUUGAUCAGUUUAAUUAUGUAGCUAUGGAUACUGAGUUCCCUGGCGUGGUUUUGCGCCCUGUUGGGAAUUUUAAGAAUAUUAAUGAUUAUAAUUACCAGACUUUGAAGGAUAAUGUUGAUAUGUUGAAAUUGAUCCAAUUGGGUCUUACGUUCUCGGAUGAGAAUGGGAAUUUGCCAACUUGUGGGACGGAUAAGUUUUGCAUUUGGCAAUUUAAUUUCCGUGAGUUUAAUGUGACCAAAGAUAUCUUUGCCAGCGAUUCAAUUGAGCUGUUGCGUCAAUGCGGGAUUGAUUUUAAGAUGAAUAAUGAAAGGGGUAUUGAUGUGAAUCAGUUUGGUGAGCUCUUAAUGUCAUCGGGGAUUGUUUUGAAUGAUGGUGUGCACUGGGUAACUUUUCAUAGCGGGUAUGAUUUUGGGUACUUGCUCAAGCUUUUGACUUGCAGGAGCUUGCCUGACACACCAGCAGGAUUCUUUGACUUGAUCAAUAUGUAUUUUCCAGUGGUUUAUGAUAUCAAGCAUUUGAUGAGGUUUUGCAAUAGCCUGCAUGGUGGGUUGAACAAGCUUGCGGAGCUGUUGGAGGUGGAAAGAAUUGGUGUGUGCCAUCAAGCUGGCUCUGAUAGUUUGCUCACAUCCUGCACAUUUAGGAAGUUGAGGGAUAACUUUUUCAAUGGCUCCGCCGAGAAGUAUGCUGGUGUUUUGUACGGUCUUGGUGUCGAGAAUGGACAGAAUACUAGCUGAAGAAAAUAAAAUAAUCAGGAUAAAAGAUUGAUCAAUAUUUGUAGACUACUAGAGUGUGAGACUUUCUAUUCCCUUUGUAUUCUUUGGCAAGAAAGAUUGUUGUUCUAGUGUUGACUUCUCUCAAUUGCUUCCUUGUAACCGAAACCUUGACUAGUUUGUAGCUCGGCUCUUUGUAAAUUAUUGCAAUCAAUGUUUCAAUAAUAGACCUAGUUUUUUCACAAA